CGGGCUGCACAGUUCACACGUGUGCGGAGUGCGAGUGCUGCGAUAUUCGUAGCUCUACAGAAUUAAAAUAUUUUAAAAUACGAUUAAUCAUGCGUCCUUUAACGGAAGAAGAAACCAAAACGAUGUUUGAAAAACUCUCUAAAUACAUUGGAGAGAAUAUCAAACUUCUUGUUGAUCGGCCUGAUGGGACUUAUUGUUUCAGACUUCAUAAUGAUCGAGUAUAUUAUAUGAGUGAGAAAAUGCUGAAGUUGGCAACAAACAUUGCCAGAAAUAAACUUGUGUCAGUUGGUACAUGUUUUGGAAAGUUCACAAAGACACAGAAGUUCCGUCUGCACAUCACAGCUCUCGAUUUUCUUGCACCCUAUGCCAAGUUUAAGGUUUGGGUGAAGCCUGGGGCGGAGCAGUCGUUCCUGUAUGGCAAUCACGUUUUAAAGUCCGGCCUGGGAAGAAUCACAGAAAACACAGCGCAGUAUCAGGGAGUGGUGGUGUAUUCCAUGGCAGAUGUACCGCUGGGUUUUGGAGUUGCAGCGAAGACCACACAGGAGUGUCGUAAAGUUGAUCCCAUGUCUAUCGUAGUGUUCCAUCAGGCUGAUGUUGGAGAAUUCAUCAGGAGUGAAGACACACUCACAUAAAAGCACAUCAACUCCAAAACUUAUAAUGGACAAUUUUCUACAUUCAGCCGAAGUUCUUAUCACAUUUAUAAGGAGUUACAAGUGCGACAUUCAAAGGAGAAGUGUCGCCAUUCCAUAUGUAUCAGUGACAUCUGACAAUGAUCAAUUUACAAACCCAACAUCCUGUUGACUUUCCAUUCAUGUUUUCUCUGUUAAGAAACAAUUAAAUGACA